UGUUUGGGGGAGCGGGGAGGGCUGCUGAGCUCCUGAGCUGAAAUCGACUUUUGCCUGUGACGGUAACCAGUACCCUAGCUCGGACCCUCCACCCACAGGAGCAGGGAAAUUCAGUUAACGUUUGAUCUCUAUCUGAGGAAUCUGAAAGCACAAGAUUCUGGCCCGUCACGCCAGCUGUGCCCUGCCUGCGCAGAAUCCCGGUGGAGGAAGAGGCCAGAUCCGAGGUUUCCCACCCCCCCACACACACACUGCCCGCCCCUCUCGGGACUUCCAGGGUCUUCCCCAGACCCCAGGCUAGCCUACGGGGUCACGUGGCGGCGUGCCCCACCCUCGGGUGACGUCAGCGCGCCGGCGUGAAGAAAGGAUGCUCUAGAGUGCUGUGCAGGUGGUCGGCGGCCUGCGCCAUGCGGCACUGCAGGUGUAAGUAGCAUGGUCACUGCGGGAGCGAUGAGUGCCUCUGGAAACCUGAUGGAUUUCCUCGACGAGCCCUUCCCCGACGUGGGGACGUAUGAGGACUUCCACACCAUCGACUGGCUCAGGGAGAAGUCUCGGGACACGGACAGACACAGAAAGAUCACCAGCAAAAGCAAGGAGUCUGUCUGGGAGUUCAUCAAGAGCCUGCUGGACGCCUGGUCAGGAUGGGUGGUCAUGCUGCUCAUCGGCCUGCUGGCGGGCACCCUGGCUGGGGUCAUUGACCUGGCUGUCGACUGGAUGACCGACCUGAAGGAGGGAGUCUGUCUGUCUGCCUUCUGGUACAGCCAUGAGCAGUGCUGUUGGACUUCCAAUGAGACCACCUUUGAGGACAGGGACAAGUGUCCUCUGUGGCAGAAGUGGUCAGAGCUACUAGUGAACCAGGCAGAGGGCGCCAGUGCUUACAUCCUCAACUACCUGAUGUACAUCCUCUGGGCCCUGCUGUUCGCCUUCCUGGCCGUCUCCCUGGUGCGUGUGUUUGCACCCUACGCCUGUGGCUCUGGCAUUCCGGAGAUAAAGACCAUCUUGAGCGGCUUCAUCAUCAGGGGCUACUUGGGGAAGUGGACCCUGCUGAUCAAGACCGUCACUCUCGUCCUGGUGGUGUCCUCGGGCCUGAGCCUUGGGAAAGAAGGGCCGCUGGUGCACGUGGCAUGCUGCUGUGGCAACUUCUUCAGCAGCCUCUUCUCCAAGUACAGCAAGAACGAGGGCAAGAGGCGUGAGGUGCUUUCAGCUGCAGCUGCUGCGGGAGUCUCCGUUGCCUUUGGAGCUCCGAUUGGGGGUGUACUCUUCAGUCUGGAAGAGGUCAGUUACUACUUUCCCUUGAAGACGCUAUGGCGGUCCUUCUUCGCAGCCCUGGUGGCGGCGUUCACUCUGCGCUCCAUCAAUCCCUUCGGGAACAGCCGCCUUGUGCUCUUCUAUGUGGAAUAUCACACACCCUGGUACAUGGCCGAACUCUUCCCCUUCAUCCUGCUGGGGGUCUUUGGGGGCUUGUGGGGAACCCUCUUCAUCCGCUGCAAUAUUGCCUGGUGCCGGAGGCGCAAGACCACCCGGUUGGGGAAGUACCCAGUGCUGGAGGUCAUUGUGGUAACAGCCAUCACCGCCAUCAUUGCCUACCCCAACCCCUACACUCGCCGCAGCACAAGCGAGCUCAUCUCUGAGCUCUUCAACGAUUGUGGAGCGCUCGAGUCCUCCCAGCUUUGUGACUAUAUCAACGACCCCAACAUGACUAGGCCUGUGGAUGACAUCCCUGACCGGCCAGCAGGUCUUGGGGUCUACACUGCCAUGUGGCAACUGGCCCUGGCACUCAUCUUCAAAAUUGUCGUCACCAUCUUCACUUUUGGCAUGAAGAUCCCCUCAGGACUCUUCAUCCCCAGCAUGGCCGUGGGGGCCAUGGCAGGCCGGAUGGUGGGGAUCGGCGUGGAGCAGCUGGCUUACCAUCACCACGACUGGAUCAUCUUCAGGAACUGGUGUCGGCCAGGAGCGGACUGCGUCACCCCAGGACUGUAUGCUAUGGUGGGAGCUGCGGCCUGCCUAGGUGGCGUCACUCGGAUGACUGUGUCCCUGGUGGUCAUCAUGUUUGAAUUAACAGGGGGACUGGAGUACAUCGUGCCCCUGAUGGCAGCAGCUGUCACCAGCAAGUGGGUGGCUGAUGCCUUUGGGAAGGAGGGCAUCUAUGAGGCCCACAUCCACCUGAAUGGGUACCCAUUCCUGGACGUGAAGGACGAGUUCACCCACCGCACACUGGCUACUGACGUCAUGCGGCCGCGGCGUGGUGAGCCACCGCUGUCUGUGCUCACGCAGGACAGCAUGACGGUGGAGGACGUGGAGACACUCAUCAAGGAAACCGACUACAAUGGCUUCCCUGUCGUGGUCUCCAGGGACUCCGAGCGGCUCAUUGGGUUUGCCCAGCGGAGGGAACUGAUCCUUGCCAUAAGAAACGCCAGGCAGAGGCAGGAGGGCAUCGUGAGUAACUCCAUCAUGUAUUUCACCGAGGAACCACCUGAACUACCUGCCAACAGCCCACAUCCCCUGAAGCUGCGGCGUGUGCUAAACCUUAGCCCUUUCACGGUCACUGACCACACCCCCAUGGAGACAGUGGUAGACAUCUUCCGGAAGCUGGGGCUGCGCCAAUGUCUGGUGACACGCAGUGGGAGACUUCUAGGCAUCAUUACGAAAAAGGAUGUUCUGAGACAUAUGGCCCAGAUGGCAAACCAAGACCCCGAAUCCAUCAUGUUUAAUUAGAAACAAUGUGGCCAUUCUUUUGAGGAAAAACACAACCUCCGUGUCAUUUUAAAAGAAAUAAAUAACAUGUUCUCACCCUAAUGAACAGUCGUGCACUAGAAGCAGCAGAAACAAAAGCUUUGUUUGAAAUGAAGGGAAGAACGAUGAAA